AUGUUGCAGACAGAUCGAGCGAAUGGGCUAAUUCCAUUCAUAUUCAUUAUGACCCUUGGCACAACAUCCACUUGUGCAUUCGACCCGCUGGGUGAACUCGGCCCAAUAUGUCAAAAAGAAGGCAUCUGGGUGCACAUCGAUUCCGCUUAUGCAGGAUCAUUUAUGCUGUGUCCGGAAUACCGUUACAUUGGGAACGGCUUGAAAUACGUCGAUUCGUUCAAUAUGAACGCUCACAAAACAUUACAAAUCAAUUUUGACUGCUCACCAAUGUGGUUCAAAGAUGGGCUGCAUGCGCUGCGCUACUUCGAACUGAAUCCUCUUUACCUAAAAUAUGAUCACCAGUCAUCUGCAUAUGAUUAUCGGCUCAAGAGUACCAAACACGCCCUUUUGCAGCAUCUUCAAAUCGCUCUUGGGAGACGAUUCCGCUCACUGAAAAUAUGGUUUGUCCUGCGAAAAGUGGGUGUCACUGGAUUGCAAAAACACCUGAGAAAUUCGGUCCACUUGGCAGAAUAUUUCGAAGAGCUUCUCCGGGAAGACGGCCUAUUUGAGCUAUUCGUGCCGCGAUUGCUGGGACUAAACUCGACGAAUGAGAUGAACGAGCUUUUGAACCACAGACUCGACGAGGACCGCCGCAUUCACCUGGUGGCGUCAGCUGUCCACGGCACAUACUUUCUACGACUUGUGAUCUGCAGCCCGCUUACGACACGUCAAGACGUUGCUUACGCAUAUUCGGUCAUCAAAGAAGUCACGGAAGAAAUUCUUAAGGAUUCGAGAUUGCUGGAGACUCCGAAUUAG